AUGUUUUCGUUUUCGUUAAAAGAAACCAUUUCAGCGUUCGCAACAAUAUCAUUUAUAUCAAUAAUUUUUUCAUCAUUAAAAUAUUAUUAUAAAUAUUUUACUCGUUCAAAUCCUUACAAGGGUCCUUUUCCUUUACCAUUAUUAGGAAACUUGCAUCAAUUUUUUUAUCAUCGUCAUGAUGUUUCAUCAUGGCUUGAUUCAUUACAUUUGAAAUAUGGUGAUGUAUUUGAAAUUUACCUUGGACCUGAUAGACAAUUGAUCAUUAACAAUUUACAAAUCACUGAACGUGUUUUGAGUCCAUUGAGAAAUAGUAAUUACAUAAUGCGUUCGACACCUAAUAAAGGACUAGACGAAUUAGGAAAAAGCAACCAAGGAAUUGUUGUAAAUAGAGACAUUAACAAAUGGGCUCAUAAUAGAAAAAUACUUAUUAGAGCUAUAAUGGCUCCAAAUGCAUUAAAGUUUUCAGCUGAUCUUGUAAAUCGUGUUUUUAAAGAUUUAGAAACUUAUUGGGAUUCUUUAAUUAAUGAAAUGGGAGAAUCUAUUACAAGUAAGGGAAUUCAUCAAAAAAAAGUAUUGGAAAUUGAUCUUGUGCCUUGGAUCAAAAGGGUCUUCACCGAAAAUAUAAUGUUAUUAGCAACAAACAGGCAAACUAAUAUGUUAUUGAAUUAUUACAAAAUCAGUAAAAAAGAAAAGGAUUUCAAUAUAGUUAAAACUGCAGAGGAUGAAUAUUUACAUAAUUUAGAUUUUGUACAAGAUUGUGUUAGAUAUUAUGCAACAUUUCCUUUGUUUAUACUCAUCUGA